AAUCAAAAUAGUCGUUACAUUUGAGAUUCAUCACAGACAAAAAUAAAUAAAUAUCAAAAUAUUGCGAACAAAAACAACAAAAGUGGUAAAAACACAGCGACCAGUUCGAAUUACUGGUCAUAUAUAUAAUGAACUUAGCAAUAAGAUCCGGCGACCAUCCAUCUGACCUUUUGUUCGUUAAUUUUAACCAAGAUUGCACGUCUUUGGCAGUUGGAAGUAAAUCCUGGUACAGACUUUACUCAUUAAAUACUGUUGAUAAAUUAGAACCAAUUUAUGAAAGUGAAAGUGAAGAUGUGUGUAUAGUGGAACGUUUAUUUUCCAGUAGUUUAGUCGCCAUUGUCAGUAUCUCAUCGCCUCGUAAACUUAAAGUGUGUCAUUUCAAAAAAGGGACAGAAAUCUGCAAUUACAGUUACUCAAAUUCUAUAUUAGCCGUUAAAUUAAAUAGACAGAGGUUAAUAGUAUGUCUGGAAGAAAGUUUAUAUAUACACAAUAUACGAGAUAUGAAAGUUUUACACACAAUACGUGACACACCCCCUAACCCAACAGGGUUGUGUGCACUAUCUAUAAAUAAUGAUAACUGCUUCCUGGCCUAUCCUGGUAGUAACCAGAUUGGUGAAGUACAGAUAUUUGAUACUAUUAACCUACGAGCUGUAACUAUGAUACCUGCCCAUGAUAAUCCUUUAGCUGCAAUAGCAUUCAAUGCUCAAGGUAACAGAGUGGCAACUGCCUCAGAAAAGGGAACAGUAAUAAGAGUGUUUUCAGUUCCUGAUGGACAAAAGUUAUUUGAAUUUAGAAGAGGAGUAAAAAGGUGUGCCACUAUUUAUUCCUUAGCUUUCAGUGUGGAUUCCAUGUUUUUGGCAGCUUCCAGUAGUACAGAGACGGUCCAUGUUUUCAAAUUAGAAACCCCUAAAGACAAUAAGACAGAAGAAGCACAAGGUUGGAUGGGAUACUUUGGUCAAGCCCUGAAGACUUCGGCCAAUUAUCUACCAACACAGGUCACAGAACUGUUUCAUCAAGGAAGAGCUUUUGCUACUGCUAGACUGCCUUCAUCUGGGUUAAUUAAUGUUUGUGCUUUAUCUGUGAUACAGAAGAUACCUAGAUUGUUAGUGGCAUCUCAAGAUGGAUAUUUAUAUAUAUUUAACCUUGACCCUACAGAUAGCAAUGAGUGUGUUCUAGUCAGACAACACAGGUUAGAUGGCCUAACUGGGGACAGUCAUGUAACUGAAGUUACGCCCUAUGAUAAACCAUUAACUCACCAACAGUCAACCACAAGUUAUGCUUCAACGGUGAAGAAACCUGAAGCCACAGUAGGUGCAGGAACAAACAUGGCUCCUCCAGGUAAGCAGAGAGAGGACUCUGUCAACCUUAUAGGCACGAGUUACGCCGAGAUGCUCAGGAGGAAAGGUGGGCCACAGGGUGCUAUGCUAGAUUGUGAACCUAGGGCAACCGUUGAACAAAUUGAUGAAAUUUUAUCAGGCCCAGAUUCAGAACCAUACCAGGAAAUGGACCAGGGUGCAACAGGAGGGGAGGAUCUAAAAGGACUUGGACAAUUACGAUUGGACGAUGACAAUGAAUUUCCACCAAUGACCCAUAAAAAUGAUUGAAUAUUUAAUAUUAUAUUUUAAUAUUUUAUAUUCAAAUGAAAUUUGUAUUGCCAAUAUUAUAAAUGUUUCUACCAAAAGUGAUAGCUUUGUAUUGAACUUAAAGUGGCUUAAUAAGUUCUUUUUUUUCACAAUGUGGAGCAUUUUAUUUAUCUCAUUAAUUAUGACCAAUGAAAAUUAAUGUACUAUUUUGUUUUAACCAAUGAGAUUUGCUGACCUUUCUGCAAAACGGAACCAGUAUGAUGCAAAGAUUGCUUUUAUGAAUGAACUGUCUAAUAAAUUAUAAUAUAUAUAAAGAAA